AUGAUCUCUCUGACUGAAACUGAUUGCAUUAGAUAAACAUUACAAAAUUGCAGCUCUUUGGUGUUGUUUUAUAUAGUAAAUAUAAAUAUGAAAUCUCAUUACUUUGACAAUUAAAUUAAAUAAAAUAUUAGAGAUAUGUCUUUCAAACCAGAAAUAGUGAAACCUAAGACUGUAAAACUUUUCGAAUUAGAUAACUUCGAAAAGCUGCUAAAAGGACUGAACGUUGCCACAUGCAUGCUUACAGAGUCACACCAAGUUGUUGAUGAACAAAGUGUAAUACGUCGUCUAAGUGCAUUAACCCUGAAUGGUCCAUCGGAUGGCAACUGUUGCUCGUGCUGUGGUGUUGGUCCAUUUGACACGAGGGCCCAGCAGACAGCGCAUUACAAACAUCAUUGGCAUAACCACAAUCUUAAGCGGAAGCUGUUUGGGAAGGCUCCCUUGUCAUUAGGACAGUUUAAUUCUAGGCAAGAUGAUUCCAGUGUCUCAGGGUCAGACUCCGAGUCGGAGGAGCCGAGCAGCAACCCAGCUAGCGAUCUGUUUGCUGCGGCCACCAGGCAUUGCAAGGCUUUCUUCACCAACAAGAAGGGACAGGUCUUCUGUAUCUACAGGUGCAUACUGCAUCAUAGAAAGGAGGAGUUGUCGACUGAUGGCGACGGUAGCGCAUGGGUAGAACGGUGUGAGCGUCUCAUCAUCCCCGGCUACCAACGCUGGGCUGUCGUCAUGGUCUCCGGAGGACACUUCGCAGGAGCUAUAUUCUCUGGGGCUGUACCCGUAGUGCACAAGACCUUCCACUCUUAUGUGACUAGAAGAGGCCAGGGGCAAGCUCAAGGGACGAGGGAUAACCAUGGAAGUGCACCAAGAUCAGCCGGUGCAAGUUUGAGGAGAUAUAACCAGGCUCAGUUUUUGGAGCAUGUACAAGAAAUAAUGGCAUCAUGGACUGAAGACUUGGUUGGCUGUUCUUUGAUUCUAUACAGGGCAGUGGGCUCCACCAACCAAGCGGCCAUCUUUGGGAAGAACUCACCAUUAAACCGAGACGAUUUGAGAGUCCGUCCGUUGCCAUUCCCAACGAAGAAACCUACUUAUAAGGAGGUCAGGAGAGUGCAUGAGACUAUAGCCAGUGUUGAAGUGUAUGACACCAUGGAAUUGUUCCAAAAAGCGCUGAUAGCUUCCACAGCUAAGAGUACCACGAAAACUGUUCCCUCAGACACCAGUAUAGAGAAAAAGAAGAGUACGCCAAGUAAACCCAUAGACAGGGCAAAAUCCAGAGAGCGCACACCACGAGAAUUACCCACCCAAAUAAUGUCGAGCGAAGACGAGGGUCCGUGUUACAUUGACUCGGAAACACCAGUAGAUUGGAUCAAAACUCUUUCAGAACAAAGCAAGAAAGGCGUCAUAACUAACUCGAGGAAAGAUCUACUGAACGAUUGCAAUGUGCCGCGUCCGAUAAGCUCUGAGAGUGAGAACGAAGUCGAAAAGAGAGAGGUGAAAAAGAAGAAGAAGAAAAAGCCGGAGAAGAGUGAAGAGAAGUUGGUUAAGAAGCCACAGCCACAGAAAAUUUCGACGAAUAUUAAAAAGAUGUGGAAACUAAUAUCCGGCGCCGAGUGUACAUCGCUGGAGACCAUUCUAGAAGAGUUCGAGGUCAACGAACUGGAAGCAGCGUGCAACACUCAGGACCCGGCAGAUGGCAACACUGCGCUGCACAAAGCGGCCAUUGCAGCCAAACCUGAGAUUGUCACCCAACUGUUGACCGCCGGCGGCGACCCGUGCGUCCGGAACCACGUGCUGCAGACGCCGUACUCGGCCACCCCCCACGUGGAAACCAGGGUGGCCUUCAGACUGUUCCAGGGGCGGUACCCGGACAAAUAUAACUAUGCUAAGUCACAAAUCCCCGGGCCCAUAACCCCGGAACUUCUAGAACAAGAGAAGGAGAGGAAAGCGCAGCAGAAGCGUGCGAAGAGACAACGCGACAAGGAGAAGCAGAUAGAGAAGAUUAAGACCAACAAGUUUCUACAGCUCACUGAUGCUGAAAAAGUGAAAACUAACAACUUGAGAUGUUUCCUCUGCGGCGCCGCUCUACCGAAGGUCCCGUUCGAGUAUAACCUGUACAAAUUCUGCAGCGUGACAUGUCUGCAAAAUCACAGGAAUCUACGGCCGUUGAAAAUGAGCGCGUAAUCUAUGGUCAUUCUAUCGUGUUUAUAAAGGCCAAUAGAAGUAUUUUUAUUACAUUUCAAGACCGUUUUCCCGUUUAUAAGUAGACGUGAAAUUUUUCGUUACCCUAAGCAUUAUUUGAAAGAGAUAGAUUGAUUGUAACUGUAAAAGAAUAUUUUUCUUUUCAUAUUGAUUUUUCUUUUAUGAACUGGUGUUUCAGAUUCAGGUGAGUAAUAUCGCCAUGAUGAGGGCUGUAGUCAGACUAUAGUUUGUGUGAUCUCGACGGAAAUAUAUUAAAAUUUAAAAGUAUUUUUCCGUCUGGAACAUUUGCUUGUAUUUCAAUGUUUUUUUUUCCCCUGAAUGGUUACUAUUUUAGUAAAGUUUUAACCAUAAUAACUCCCUAUUAAAUUUAGUUGGAUACUUGUAGGUGUGAAAGCCAUAAUUAUUUUCAGUACUUACACCUGAGAAUGUGUUUUUUUUUUAAGUUUGUAUUCAAAAUAAUGUUUAUGUUAUAUAUCACUAAUUUAUACUAUAUCUGACAUUAUGUUGAUGAUUACUUUCUCUCAUCUCUGCGUGUUCCCGGUUGCACCCUCCACUGAAGUGUUUCGGGGCCCGGGGUAGUCUAUGUUAAUGAUUUCUAUUGUUCAUUUUUUAAUUCAUCAUGAAUGUUUGUGAUCGAGGAUGUAUUUAUGUUUGUUUCCCUUUCACGCAAAAUCUACUAGACGGAAUUUGAUAAAUUUUGUUCACGAUUAGAACAUAACUUGGAAUAACCUAUCAUAACAUAUGACAACAAAAUCUAUCUAUCAAUAAUUAGGAGUUUUUGUAAUAAAGCGCUUCUUUCGCGCGCAAAUCAUACACUAGACACACUUGCCUUUAAUAAUCAUAUAGUGCUCUUAUCAUAAGUACAAAUAUAUAUUAGAAGGAAUAUUUGCAAAAUAACUUAAUGUAUGCAAAAUAAUAGGACAUUACCAUAGCUCAUGUAAGAAGUUAUCUUUACGUUCUUGUUAUAUUUGCCUAAAAUAGCUUCGUUUUGUUUUGAAAAUAGACAUAGAAGAAAUAUGAUGAUACAAAAGACGUAAUGACCUAUGCGAAAUGAAUAGGCUAUUUGACAAAGUUCUAAAAACUAUCUUAGGGUAUUUAUUUGUUUUAAAGGAGCCCUACAAAAAUACUUUUCUGCCUUUAUUACAGCUAUUUUAUUAAAAAAUCGAAAAAGAAAAUGAAAUAUUCAAAUAUGCCGCCAAAACGCGACUUUUAGCAAUAUGGCGGCCAUGGCAUGCAGUGACGUAAAUUUCGUGUAAAUAUCA